AUGUCGUCCGCGGCCACACUCACUGACGCUGUUCCCGUUGUCGCAGAUCCUUCCCUCAUCCACCCAGAAAUCGCCCGCCCUCCGAUGCCCAUCUCGCCUUACGAUGGCCACUUUCAACACGCUCAGGCACACCAAUUCGUGCCCUCGCCCUCACUAUCGUCGUCACCGCAGCCCAACAUGGCUCGAACCGACAGCGCCUCGCCAUUCCUCCACAAUGGCCCCUUUGGUCCCAACUACACCACCCACAGCCCGUACGGUGCCCCCAUUGACGCCAAUGGCCGCCGUGUCAGCAUGGCCAACUUCAUUUCCCCGGUUGGCUCUGCCGACUUUAGCAGCGAUGAAACCAAGGAGAAGCAAAGGUGCACCUAUCCCGAUUGCGGCAAGAUAUUCAAGGACCUCAAGGCGCACAUGCUCACUCACCAGAAUGAGCGACCCGAGAAGUGUCCCAUCCAGACCUGCGAAUACCACAUCAAGGGUUUUGCCCGCAAAUACGACAAGAACCGCCACACACUGACCCACUACAAGGGCACCAUGGUUUGCGGUUUCUGCCCUGGCUCUGGGUCUCCUGCCGAAAAGUCGUUCAACCGAGCAGAUGUCUUCAAGAGACACCUGACCGCUGUUCAUGGUGUUGAACAGACUCCCCCGAAUAGCCGCAAGAAGACGCCAGCCGGCGUGGCCACUGGAAAGAAACUCACUGGCUACGCUCCCGAUGCCACUGGAAAGUGUUCCACGUGUUCGCAAACCUUCUCCAAUGCCCAGGACUUCUACGAGCAUCUGGACGACUGUGUCCUUCGAAUUGUGCAACAGGAGGAUCCCGCAGAGGCCAUCAAUGCACAGCGAUUGGCCGAGGUCGAGAACGACAAGAUGGUCCACCAUACCCUGGAAAAGAACAACCUCCCAACCACAACACCGACUAUACAGGCCUCCCUGCAUGAGGACGAGGAGGAUGAUUUGGACAUGGGCGAGGACGAGGAUGCCGAUGAUGUUUCUUCCAAAGCCAACUCGUCGCCCUCAAUAAAGAAAAAAGGUAACCCUGCCAACGGUGUGCAAAAAUCCCGCGGGUUGACGCAUUCUCGGGGAGGUGUUCCGACUGCUACCAAGACUCGUGGCCGCAAGAAUCGUCGCGACUACCCAUCAUCCUGGGGCUUUGAUAAGGGCCAAAUGACGAUGCGAAAGCGUAUUAUGGCUGUCUUUGAUGGUCCCCGCAGAUUGGCCAAGGACGACAUGAUGCUUUCGACCGAUCAUGAGGUUCGCAUCAAACUGUCGGAUGGCAAAUCAUAUGUUACGGACCUUGAUGUCCAAACGCUAAAGCGGGCUGAAGGCUUCCUUGGCGCCACAGACGAUGAGAAAGGACCGUGGAUUUCUGAUGACCCCACGGAGGAACAACUGAAGGAAAUGCAUGAAAUGUUGAAGACGAGCAGUGCCCCCAUUUAA